UCCGAUUUGUCAGCGACGAAGGAAUUGAUAAUUGAGAAUCGGAGGAAUACUGGAGAAGAAACCAGUUGGAAGGAGCACGACGAUGGUGAUCGGCAGCGGGAAAACCGGUAAAGGCAGAUAACGCGCAUUCGCUUUUCUCUUUUAUUCGCUUUCGCCGUCCCACUCCCACCUAAACCAUAUAAACCUCCUCAUCCUCCUCCUCCGUCUCUGUCUUCCCCGCGCCUCCGACUUCUUCCCCUUUCUCACGUCGGAGACGAUCGAAACAAUCAGUAGAGGCAGAUGCGACUGCGCUGCUGCUGGCGCCCUUUUCGGUGCUGCUUCGGAUGGCACCGCGGCUGCCGCCAAGGCGGCGACGGCCUCCUCUGGCACACGGACCUCAAACCCCACGCCACCGGCGAUUUCUCCAUCGCCGUCGUCCAGGCCAACGACUCCCUAGAGGACCAGGGGCAGGUGCUCGCCUCUCCCUCCGCCACGUACUUUGGCGUCUUCGACGGCCACGGCGGCCCCGAGGCGUCCCGCUUCGUCAACCGACGCCUCUUCUCCCACCUCCACAAGUUUGCGUCGGAGGAAGGAGGCCUCUCCGUCGAGGUGAUUCAGAAGGCAUUCAGUGCCACCGAAGAAGAGUUCCUCCAGCUGGUGAAGAGCUCGUGGUCGUCUCGGCCGAAGAUCGCGUCCGUGGGCUCGUGCUGCCUCGUCGGGGCCAUCACCAGCGACGUGCUCUACGUGGCGAACCUGGGGGACUCUCGAGCGGUGCUUGGCAAGCGGGGUGCUGACGGGAGGUCUGUGGUCGCGGAGAGGCUGUCGAGGGACCACAACGUCGCGGAGGAGGACGUCAGGAAGGAGCUCGCUCAGCUCCACCCCGACGACUCCCGCUUAUUGCUGUGCAAUCGAGGCGUCUGGCGGAUCAAAGGCAUAAUUCAGGUGUCGAGGUCGAUCGGCGACGCCUACUUGAAGAAACCCGACUUCUCCAAGGACCCCUUGUUCCAGCAGUUUGCCUCCCCCAUUCCUCUCAAGCGGCCUGUGAUGAGCUCGGAGCCUUCGAUCAAGAUGCGCCAGCUCGAUCAACAAGACCUCUUUCUGAUAUUUGCCUCCGAUGGCCUAUGGGAGCAACUCACCGAUCAGGCUGCGGUCGAUAUCGUCUUGAAGAACCCCAGAUCAGGAAUCGCAAAGCGACUGGUCAAAGCUGCCCUCACUGAAGCUGCAAAGAAGAAGGAAAUGAAGUACGAUGACUUGAAGAAUCUAGAGAAGGGAACGAGGCGGCGCUUCCACGAUGACAUAACGGUGAUCGUUAUCUACCUGGACGGAUUCAAGGGGGAGACUUCCGGUGUCAUGGGAAGUGUCUUUGACUGCACCAAUGCACCUGUGGAUAUUUGCUCUCUCAAAGACGUCUAGUUUCAAAGGCUUCUAAGCAAAAAUAACGUAUGCCGUUUGGUGUUUAUAGUUGUACGUGUUUGUUUGUAUGUUUGUUUUUUAUCGCUGUAAACGGAUGAUUACCAGAUCAAAGUUCAGUUCCAGGUUUGGGUAGAUUUAAGUUGAGAUAUGCAAAUUGUUGCUUUUUAAAUUUGUUUUAAGGAUUCUUUGAUUCGAAUGCUACAAUUUCAUCAGAAUUUUUGGAUUUUA